UCUUAAUUAAAUAAGCAGCAAUCUUGUAAACACUGCUCAGCUGCAUGACACUAAGAACCACUUGAAGCCUGGUGCAUGUGCAAGUGAACAAGCUCUGAAAAUGGCCAGUAUUUUACAAGCAGCAAUUGCAAUGCUGGUGAUUUCAUCAGUAUCAGCUCAGAUUGUAAAUGAAGACAAUCCUUACUGCAAGUCAGUGUUCGAUUUCUACUUUGUACUGGACAGCUCGGGUAGUGUGAAGGACAGCUUCCACACUCUCAUUGUCCCCUUUGUGGAGAACAUCACUAACCAUUACACUGACCCAAACUUCAGAGUGGCAUUUGUGACAUUUGCUGACAUUGCAGUCGUUCAUCUUAACCUCACACGUACCGGAGACAGGGCUGAGAUACAAGCUGGAAUCAAACGCCUACAGGAUUUCAAGCCAGGAGGUGGCACCAGUCUAGCUCCAGGCAUGAGUAAGAUAAAUGAGCAAAUAAUGAGGUUCGGAGGUGAUGCUGCCAGCGUGAUUCUUAUUCUCACUGAUGGAGUGAUAAGCGACCAAGCUAACGCUUCAGUACAGGCUGUCAUUUCUCGCAGUAGAGGUGGAAGUGUGUUUGUUAUUGGAGUGGGAAAAAGUGAAAGACAUCAGUUGAUACAGAUAGCAGACACCAAAGAACAAGUCUACAUUGGCCGCAAUUUUCAGCAUCUCAGCCAAAUCAUAGACAAUGUUGUCAACGAGACGUGUGUGGAGAUACAAUCAGUGACACCCUCUCAUGUUUGUAUUAUGUCUACAGAGAGUGUUACACUUCAUGGAAGAGGCUUCACUAAUCAACUGAAGCCUGUAAAAGCCGCGUGCCGGUUCAAGACUGGGCAAGGACUUACUCUAGUGACACAGCCGGAUGGAAAUAUAUCAUACAAUGUCAUCUCAUGCCCCAUUCCGCGCUUCAACCACUCGGAUAUUGUAGUACUGCAAAUAACGACCAAUGGAAUAUCCUUCAUCUCUAGCAAUGUUACCAUGGAAAUAACGUCUUGUCAGAAUCAUGAAUUGGACACUGGCACUGUGGUUGGUGUGGUUGCUGGACUACUAUCAGUAGGAAUCAUCGCUGCUCUUGUCUUGCUGUGGUUCUUUUGUCCAUUAAUCACUUGCACGAUUGUGGGUGGACUACCUCCCGAGAGAAAGAAGCCACCUGCACGCCCCCGGGCACCGAGGGGUGGUCCAGUGAAGAAUUGGGAGGUAGUGGAUGCAUCAUAUUAUGGGGGAAGAGGGGCCGGAGGAAUCACCCCCAUGACCGUCAGAUGGGGUGACAAAGGGGCCACGCUAGAAGGAAGUAAACUGGAGAAGGCCAAGGGAGCAACAGUUGUUAAGGUGGAGAAACGAAGAGGACCACCUCCCCCACGACCUCUGCACCCUCCACACUCAAAGCCUCCAGGAUGUUGGGGCACUGCAAAGAAGAGGCUUACACACUAUUACUCUGUGGCGUCAUCUUAUCGUCCUGUGUUCACACUGCAUGGCUCAUCAAAGAAAAAGAUUUUGUGGUCACCCCGAGCUCAAGCCCAGAAUAAAAUUAAGGUAGAGACAGGCCGUGAUACGAAGGCUCACCCUGACAGCAAGAUAGAUCUGGACAACAGCUAGACUACUUAUUAAUUGCAUGUUGUUGUUCUGGCAUGAACAUACAAUGACACUCACUAUACACAUGCAUAAUAACACUUAUAACUCAGCAUCUGUUCAUCAUGCAUGUAUAGACAGCUGAUUCCUUAUACAGUUGUCUAGCUUAUAGUAUUGUGAUUUAAGUGGAUAAAGCUAUAUUAAAACAUUGAUGAAA